AUGAUUUGGCCUGCUGACCUCGUUACAUGUUCAUUUUUUCGUGCUCUACAUGAAACAAAGGAAGAAGAUUUGGAAAAUAAUUUUUCAAGGUGGAAAAUGAGUUGGUUUAAAUUAUUUUGUAUUGUAUCUGGUUGUUCAUUCUGCUAUUAUUGGUUUCCUGGUUACAUAUUUCCGCUGUUGAGUGCAUUUUCAUUCAUUUGUAUAAUGAAACCGAAGAGUGUUAUAUUUUCUCAAAUAACAGGAGUCAGUGGAUUUGGUCUAGGCACAGUUCAGUUUGAUUGGAAUUCUCUAACUUCAUUUUUACAUUCUCCAAUUAUUGUUCCCGGUUGGGCUCAUGUUAAUAUUUUAGUCGGCUUUAUCAUCAUCGGUUGGAUUUUAUCACCACUUCUGUAUUAUACUAAUUCGUGGGAUGGAAAGAAAUUUCCUGUCGGCACCCCGGAUAUUUAUAGACCAGAUGAUACACUUUACGAUGUUAGUUUUGUUCUCGAUGAGCAAUCACGUCUCAAUCAAACGGCCUAUGAAACAUACGGUCAUAUUCGAUUAACGAUUCUCUACGCUGUUACUUAUGGACCAUUUUUUGCUAUAUUAACAGCUUGUAUCAUGCACAUCACACUAUACCAUGGUAAAGAAAUUAUAAGACAGUUGAACACAUCACUGGCAGAAUCGACGAAUGACAUACAUGCCAAGUUGAUGUUGAGAUAUCCAGAAGCACCCGAAUGGUGGUAUUCAGUAUUGUUCAUUGCAAAUGUCGUUGUUACAUGUUUGAUCUGCCAUUUUGGUCAACUCAUGCCAUGA